UCAAGUGAUCAUCUUCGCCAACGCAUCAAUAAAAAUGAGCAAUCUAAUUUUGUCAAAAAUGUAGAGAGGGAGAGAGGAUGGGGUUUGUGUCGCAGAGAGUUGAACGAAGCGAUUUGAAGGCAGGAGACCAUAUCUACUCCUGGAGGACUCCUAUUUUCGCAUACUCUCAUCACGCUUUCUUUUCUCGACUACUUUUCUUAUUUCUCUUCAUGUUGUUUGAUUUCUUAUUUUCUGUUUCUAUUUUUUUUUAAACCAUAAUGUUCAUAUGAAUGGUGAUUGGAUUAAUUCACAAAAUAAAGGUUUAAGCAAUGAUGAUUGGAUUAAUAGCAUUUUUUUUUUCAAAUUGGAGUUGAAUAGAUACGAGGCUUGUAGUAUGUGUUUUUUUGAUGGUGUUGUGCAUUUUCUGUUCCUUAAUGGAGUUUAAUUUGCUAUGAAAUCUUUCUUCAAUUUCUCAGCAUUGUCACAAUUUUGAACAAGAAUUUGGUUUGUGCAUUUUGGUAUCUGUUUCUGUCCUACGUUUGUCCAUGUGAUCUUGUUUCGUCUGUGUACCAAUAUCUUUGUCUUCCUAUCUCUCAUCGAAAUGAUGCCGUGACAAAUUUUAGUGUCUCAACUAGUGUUUGAUAACAAAAUACCAUCCAUUUUCACCUUAGUUGUGUCACUGUUUCUAUUUAACAUUGCUUCAUAUCUACAUUGUUCAAUACUUCCUACUUGUCACCACUCAUUCUAGCAUUUGCUACCAAUAAAAAGCUUCAAUUUAUUAAUCCAUUUUGACCCUGUGCUUAUUUGACAUUGUUGUGUUACCUCUAACUGUCAGGCAUCUAUAUUGGCGAUGACAAAGUGGUGCACUUCACUCAACAAGAGAAUUUGAGUCCUGGUGGCUCAUCUUCCUUUUGUGUCUCAUCACCGGCUGACUUAUACAGCACUCUGUUUGGAUUCAGAUUGCGCCUCCCACAAACUUGAAAGUGGAGUGGUUAUGUCAUGCUUGAAUUGCUUCUUGGGAAAUGGAUCUUUGUAUCGCUUUUGAGUAUGGAGUUAGCCCGGUAGUGUUAAUGGCUAAGGUUCGAUCUGGGACAUGCUCAAUUGCUAAAUCUGAUCCUCCAGAAGAUGUGAUUCACAGAGCUAAGCAUUUGCUGCGGAAGGGAUUCAGGAAGUAUGAUUGGUUAUUAAAUAACUGUGAGGAUUUUGCGAUGUAUUGUAAAACUGGAGUUCGUGUUUGUGGUAAGAAAAGCUCUGGUGCCAGUGGCGAAGUCUAUUCCUUUGUUGGUAUUCCUGUGGCUGCAAUGAUCUAUUUGCCGCUCAAGCUGCUUGUUUCAAACCCGGUUGCUCGUGUUGCAAUGCCUGCAGCGCAAUACAUUUAUAGUCAGUAUGCUCUUGAUCUUGGUGUUCGGGAUGAUGUUACCAAGGUAUGGGUAGAGGAUCUUGUUCCUAGUGAACUCCCGUUGAGGUAGAUGCACGUGCUUUUGUCGCUGACAAUGCUGACGAUCAAACUAAACAGGUAGGAGGAUACACUGCUGAUGGGGUAAUCACAAACAUGUCAGGAUGGUUGUUUUCUUUUUGAUGUUGUCUUCCAUUAAGCAACUGUUUAGUUUUCAAUAUUUUGCAAGCACAGAGCUGUAUGAGAUGAGAGUCUCCAACUAUUUUCAGAUUUCAAUUGGAAUUGUUUUGCUUGA